CUUCCUGCCCUUAGUCAUGUGACCGUGACACCACUGUGGGCAGUUCUUGCACGGAAUCAAGCAUUUACCCGCGAAUUGGGGGGAAGGACCAUAACGAGGGGGUGACAAUGAUGAAUCCAGAGGUUGUAAGCUUCACCAUACCCACCGAAAGCAACAAAAUUGUCUUUGUCUGGAACAUUUCUGCUCAGAAGCCUGAAGAAGAGAUUUAUUGCUCUCUGCUGAAAGUUUUCUCACAGUUUGGAGCUCUGUACUCCCUCAAGCUGCUGCCAAACGCAGGGGUCUGUGACCCUGGUUACUAUGCAGUGAUUAAAUAUUACUGCUGUCGGGAUGCCAGCAAGGCCCAAGAGGCUUGCGAUCAGAAAACCCUCUUCCAGGACACUCCGCUCAAGGUACGAGUCUGCAAUAAGCAGAAAGGGUUUCAGUACAAAUCCCUGUCACUCAACAGUUCCAAGUGCCAGGAUCUUGCUAACCAUUACCUUGGUUUUAAUGGGUGGUCCAAAAAAAUAAUUGCGCUCCAGAAUAUUUCUGGCCUGGAUGAGGCAGAGGAUGAAGGUGAAGUUCAAGAGAAAACAAAGCUGCGGUACCUGUGUUUGUUAGAAGUAGGGCUGCCAGGGCAUGGAAUCCGCAGCAGAGGAGUGGGAGUUGCAGAGGAGAUCUUGGUGAAGCACAAAGACCCAGCAGAGCUGUUGAUAAAAACUGGUAAUCUGCAGAAAUAUGCUGUGCAAAAGGCUUUGUCAGAUGCCUUCCAGAAAAUCCUUUUGGUAAUUUUUGAGAACGGCAAAGUAGCAGCAGAAUAUGUUUCUCCUAAUGAUGACACUGUGGACUGCCUUAGUGAAGAAGAACUACAAGGUUUGAUACAGGUGAACGAUUUCACUUGGACCUCCUAUAACCCAGAGGGAGAGGAGGAGGAGAUUCUGACGGAAUUUAGUUUCCACGAAGACACCGUGAAUAUUAAAGACUGAGGGGAUGUUUGUUUUGUAUUCUUGGAAAUGUUAUUUAUUUUUGGGUGGAUUAUAUUAUUCAUAAAGUUUGUCAGCUAAAAUAGAACCAUAAAUGAUAUACUGGGUUUCUGAAAAACAAA